AUGAAGCUCUUCGGGUUUUCGGUGACGGACCACCGUGACAUAGUGCCCAUGGUGAAGUUUGAGUGCCACUACUGUGGCCGGAAGUUCGAAAACUCUCAAGCAUUGGGUGGACAUCAAAACGCACACAAAAGAGAAAGGCAGCUUGAAAGGAUGGCCAUAUUAGAACAUGUCCAGCAACAUCACCAACCUCCUCCUCCUCCUCCUCCUCCUCAUCAUGAUCAUGAUCAUGAUCAAUAUCAACGGUCAGCAACAGGUGUCCCCAUCAUCAACGAUCCAAUGUUCGUUUCCUCUAGUAGGUCCACAACCGUUGACGGUUGUGCUGGUUAUAAUACUGCUGGUGGUGCAGUGGUAGCACCCAAAGAUCCUCAUGGCUUGUACUUGAAACAGAUCGCAAAACAAGAGGCUGUUCCGAAAGUGGAUGAAGAAAACGACGUCGUCGAUCUGCGUUUGAGACUUUGA